AAACCUGUUUGAUUCCCCUGAAGGGCCAAACACACCCAAGUCUCCUCCUCAAAACAAGGCUUGGCUUUCCCGGGGCCGGCCCUCUCGGCAGGUAAGGGCUCAGGUGUGCCACAGCCGGGACGGGACCGCACCGGGGGAACUCCGCAGGGGCUUGUUGGCUGUGAGCAGUGGCAGAAGAGGAAAGUGCUGCUGAGACCAUGAUGUCCCUCGGUGUCGCUAAAGGAGGGCUGAUCCUGCCCACGGACGAGGAUCGCCGCAGGAUCAUCCGGCAGAUGAAGGUUCGCACCACCCUGCGGGGGGACAAGAGCUGGAUCCAGCACCACAACUCGGACUCGGAUGAGGAGAAGAGCAGCCCCCUGUCUGGACAGGCUGGUAGAGGAUCCCCAGCCCCCAAACCUGCUGCUCCCCAGCAGGACAGGUCCUCUGCCUCCAAGCCCCAGUCUGGAUACCUCAUCAGGGGGGUGUUCACCAAGACCAUCGAUAAAAGCUCAUCCACGCCGGAUUCUUCACCUUCCAGCCAAGCACAGAAAAACACUUCCCUGAAGGGACAGAGCCGCUCCACCUCUGGAUACAGGAUGACCACGGAGGACUACAAGAAACUAGCUCCGUACAACGUCCGGCAGAAAUCCGACGGGGAGGAGGAAGCUGUGCCUUUUUCUCCGGAUGAGCACAAGAAGAGGACUGAGGCUGCCAACAGUGUCCUGCGGCGCUCGGCCGGCCGCGAGCGCGCCUACGUCCUGUCCGCGGCCAAGAAGAGCAACGGCAGCCCAACGCAGGAAUUCCCACCCCUGUUUGCCAAGAGAAUUGAGAUAGAAGAGGAGGAAGGACAGCAGAGGAGGAGUCCGACCGUGCCGGGUUCAGCCAGGUUUGCUCCGGAUAGCAGCAGUGCUAAUGGGCUAAGAAAAACCAGCCCUGUGUCUUCCUGGGAUGAACCAAAGGCAGCAGCCUCCCCCUCCAGCCCCGAGCCAGGCAGCAGGAGCCAAACAUCCCCAUCCCUGAGUGACACUUUGGGGAAUAUUUCCAUUUCUGCUGAGAGCAGGAAUGGUGAGGACAGACAGGCCCUCCAUGGGAAAUUCCCCUUGGAAAUGGUGUCCCAGCAUGGAGAAGGUGACAAAGCUGUGAAGGAAAAGCCUGAGAGGUUCCCAUGGGAUGAAGGGGCCCCCAGAGCCACCAGGGUUUCCAUGAAUGGAAGUUUUCCUGAGCACACAGAAGCUAAGAAUGGGUUUUACCCACCAGAGUCCGGUUCUGGUUCCUGGCACACGCCUGGGGAUGCUCCGGAGAAGCUGCUCCGUCCCUCUGAGCCCUCCCAGGGGGACGCCAGGUCAUCCUUGCAGCCUGAUGUCCCUUUUCGUCCCACUGAGAGAACCCCUGUGCGUAUUGAGGACACAGAAUAUUCCUUUAAAAGCUCUGUCCUGGACUAUGAGGAGAGGAGCAGCUCCACAAAUCCUGAGGGCCCAUCCCACCACCAGCCAUACUGGGAUGAGACAAGGUUUCUGGACUCAGCCAGCCUCACUGAGAGGGGCCAAGGAGCUCCUGGUCAUGACACCCCCCCAGAGCCCCCCAGGCUGAAGGAUCAUCCCACUGAGCCCAGCAGGGCUGGGUCUGAGCUGCGCUCCCAGGACACUGCUGGGAGCAGGGACAGGGACAUGGGAAUGUCAUCCUGUGUGCAGAGUGAGGAGAUCACUGCAAGAAGGUCCAGCUCUGUUCUGGAAGGAAGCAGCAUCCCAGCUCCAGAGAUUCCACAUGCAAACGAGUCUGAGCCACGCCGGGACAGCAGGUCUGACUUCAGCUCCCAGGAGAAUGCCCCCAGUGCCCCCGAGUGCCAGCCUGCCGUGCCCCUGUUCCAGGAGCGCCAAUCCUUCGGAGGCUCCGUGCCCAGCCACAGGAUUCCAGCCUACGUGGACAGCCAGGGGUUCAGCACCAGGAGGCUCAGCCCGGAUCCCAAAGGGAGCAUUUAUUCUGGGAGCAGCCCCAGGAGCAGCUGGUAUGACAGUGCCAGGGGGCACGGGGACUUCAGCCCCCCUGCAGGACGCCACGACUCCCUUCCCAGAGAUCCCACCAUGCCCAUGUCCCAGAGAAGCCACAGGGUGCCAUUCUACAUGGACAGCUUAAACUCCAACAGCUCCAGGCUCCUCUCCGGUUCCAGUGAGAGGCUCUGCAGCUCCCACCACAGCUCUGGGUACCAGCCUGACUCCAGCACUGCCGGGAGAGGGAUCCUCUUUGUCAAGGAGUACGUGAACACCGGCGGCUUUGCAGCCUUGCCACGCCACGGCAGUGGCAGCCUGGUGGAUUUGAGUGAUCUGGGGAGAAGCAGCUACAGCCACCACAGUUACCUGUCCAGUGCUCCCCUGCACAGGUCCAGCGAGCCCCUGUGCACCUACUGCGGCCGGGAGAUCCGAGACUGCCCCAAGAUCAUCAUAGAGCACCUGAACAUCCACUGCCAUGAGUACUGCUUCAGGUGUGGAAUUUGCCACAAAGCAAUGGGAGAGCUGCUGGAUAAAAUAUUCAUCCACCGCGACAUUGUCCACUGUGACAAGUGCUACGAGAAGCUCUUCUAGGUGGGUUUCCAGGGCCCCUUUCCAAAGCCAUUCCCAGGGGGAUGGCUGGGUCAGAGCUCAGAGUUCACUGGUGAAGGACAUUUAACCCUCACAUCUCCCGGGUGACCAGGCAGGGAUCUUCCCGGGGUGUUCAGUGGGAAGCAGUGACCUAGCUGCAGCAUUAGCUGGAAACUCACUCACACUGUCCCGGGGGUGUUGGUUGGAGCCAGAAUCUCGGUGGCAAACAGGCUGUGGUGGCUUCCUGGAGGUGACAGGCAGAGGCUGGCUUGAGUGAUGACAGAAAUGUCCCCGGGAGGUGGAGAGUCCCCACGGAAGGCAGUUAAAGGUUCCUCCUGUGUCCUGGGCUGACCCUGUGCAAGCACUGCGGGCGGUUCGGAGCUGUGACAUUCCCCUGACAGGGACACA